GCAAAGUUGACAAGCAUUGAAAACUAACACCAACACAAAUUCUUUGAUUUUCUAUUCGAAAUGGCUUUUAUUGUUAAAAGUUUCUCUGUUAUUUUCCUCCUUGCUCUUUUUACCUCACUCCAAGUUCUUCAUGCAAGGGAUGGUCAAUUUUUCAACAAAGUCCCAAGCAACAAUGGUGAAAAGGAAGCAGCAACAGUUGUUCCUAAUAAAGAGCAACAAGAGCCAAAUUUCAUGCCUGAAAAUGAAAAUGGUGCUUAUGGCCUUUAUGGUCAUGAAUCUGUUUCGACUCCUUCUACGACCACUAAUACCAACGACAACAAUUUUCCCAACAGCAAAUACCUUCCCAAAAAUUACAACCCUGUUUCUUAUGUAACUGUUGCAGAGGACAACACCAACGAAAACACUUUCAACGACAACUUUUCAUCCAAGCACAGUAUUGAUGCCUCAACCUCCACCACUAACUUGAAUAACAACCAAUUCUACAGUGGUCCCACCAAUUACCGCAGUAACAGCAAUAACAACCAGCAGCAACAGUACUACCACGGCGUCAGCGAUUUCAGUACUAAAAGCCACAACAGCAACAACAACUACCAGCAGCAACAGUUCUAUAGUGGUGACAGUUUUUACAGCAACAACCAACAGUACAACAACAAUGAUAACAAUGAGGAGGAGUACUACAACGCUUCUAAUACAUAUUAUAACAACAAUUAUGAACCACAACAGGAGUUUACUGAAACAAGAUUGAGUGCCAAAAGCUACAACACCAACCCAACAAAUUACAACAACAAUCAGGAACAGAGCUACUCCACAAAUUACAACAGUAAUGAAGAACAGAGUUACAACACUGGGAAUAGCAAUUACAGAGUGCACCAACAACAGGGGAUGAGUGACACAAGGUUCUUGGGUAAUGGGAAAUUUUACUAUGAUAUUAAUGCUGGUAGACAUGCCAGGGAUCCAUAUGAAAAUGCAAAGGAAUUUGCUGCAAUGAACCAACAAUACAACAACAAGAACACCUAUGGCAACAAUGAGUACAGCAACAACAACAACUUUGAGAAUGAAGAUUUUCAAGAUGAUGAGAACAUGCCUUAAAUUGUUCCAAAAAUUGAAAACAAAAAAGUUAUAACCAUAGUGAGCCAAAACAAAUGUUAUGUGUCCCAAUUAUGAUUGAUGUUGUUUUCCUCUUUUUUUUUUGUCUAAGUUAUAUUUUUAUUAGAAAAAAGUGUUAAUUAAAUUACAGAUUUUAUCUUUGGGUGUUUUUUUCAUGUAUAAUUAUAAUAUAAUGGAACAAGUCUAAUGUUAUAUGACUAUGAGUUAAGUUCUAUUUUAA